AUGGGCAAUGAUCAGUCAGUUAUAAAAUUCCCUGGAUACACAUCAGUGAGUGAAGAUGAACAGAUGAUCCUGGUGAAAAAUGAAGGUGGUGAUCAGUUUAUCAUUAAAAAGUUCAAUGCUGGGCAGGAAAAUGAUUUAAACUUUCUCCUACAACUCAGUCAUCCACACAUCGUCCAUCACAAGGAAGUCAUCACAGGUCCUGACUGCUUGUAUCUUGUACUGGAGCACUGUGAGGGUGGAGAUCUCGCUCAGAAAAUCAAACACAAAAUACAGGCAGCAGAUAGGCCUACAUUUCCUGAGAAUGAGAUUCUGGACUGGACUGUGAAGAUCUGCACGGCAUUAAAGUAUCUGCAUGAUCAACAGAUCCUACAUAAAAACCUGCAGCCAAAGAGCAUGUUUUUUACUGCAUGUGGAACCAUUCGCCUAGGAGAUUUUGGGGAGAUUAAUGAAUGGUCCACUGAUGCAAAAACAGCAGAAACUGAAGCUCUUGCAUAUGUUGCACCUGAGAAUUUGAGUGGCAAACCUUAUGAUGAGAAAACUGAAAUUUGGAGGUUGGGGUGUGUCAUCUAUGAGAUGUGCAAGCUGAAGUGUGCCUUUACAGCAAGAAGACCUGUUGAGAUUGUUACAAAGAUGUUGUCUAAACUGUCCUGUGAAGCUCUUUCUCUUACCUUCUCAGAGGACCUUCAUCAGCUGGUAAUAGACAUACUUCAGAUCAAUCCAGAGAACCGCCCAUCUGUCAGUGAGAUCUUGAUGAGGCCUUUUAUCAUUAAACACCUUCAUAAAACGAGUAUACAAACUGUCGAUGAGCUUUAUAAGACUCUAGAUGUACUGAGAAACCUGGCAGAAGAUUUGGAGACGGCCCACUUCAACACAACCGUCAGCAGUCUCACAGGAGGUGUUGUGGGAUUGGCUGGAGGAAUCACAUCUGUAGUUGGAGCAAUUUUGUCUCCUUUUACUCUUGGAGCCUCGCUGAUAACAGGAGUGGGAAUCGGUGUUGCAGUAGCUGGUGGAGUCACAUCUGGUGUGAGCAACAUAACAAACAUGGUUAACCAGCGCACAAACCGCCAACAUAUAAAAAUGAUGAUAACAGAGUUCCAGGAAAAGAUCACCUCAAUAAUUUACUACAUCCGAAACAUUCAAAUAGCAGUGGAAACUCUACAAAAUGAGUUUACCACAAGCAGCGAGUCAUUUCACAGUGCACAAUCUGUGACGAGUGCUGGAGCUCGACUUGGACGAGGACUGGGAGGAAUUUCAGAGCUUGUUCGUUUAAUUGAAGUUGCAAACGUGGGAAAAAUUGCAACUCAGGCUGCAAGAGCAGUUUGUGUGGCUGAGACCGUUACACUUUUUGUAGCUGUUAAUGUCUUCUUCAUUUUUCUCGACUCCAGAGAAAUUCACAACAUCAGCCAAGAUUACGCUUUAAGAGAGAGUCAGCAAGAAACAGAAUCCACCGGCAACCAACCAUCAAGUAAGAGUGAAACAACAAACCUGCUGCCUUCAAACAUUCAGCAGGCAGAAGAGAUGAAGUCUGAGACCAUGAAAUUUGUGACAAAAAUAAAGGAGACUACAGAGGAGCUUCAGACGAUUCUGGAUAUGUUACGAGACUCACUGAACCCAAACCCUGAGACGCCAAACACAGAUAACUGAGAAAAAUCAGAGAUGGCAGUUUAUGAUGUUCAGUUUGUUCUUUCGUUAUAUAUGAAUUAUUUAAAGUAGUGGCAAAAGUUAGGUAAUGGUAACUGAAUAUAUUGUUUUUUUUUCUUGAAGUGUUUAAAUCAAUAUCGUUACUUUGGAUAAUGCUCAGAGAAAACUUAAGCAGUAAGAGAAACAUUUCCACUCCCAAUAACUAAGAAUUUAUAUUGGAAGUUAUUGCCUUUAUAACCUUGAUGUUUUGAAACUAUAAAAUGUAAACGUUACUCUUUUCCUUUCAACUGUGUUUGUAAGGGCUGGGGAAAUCAGACACAUUAUUAUUUGUUAUUUUUAAUAAAUAAUCCAACAGAUCCCUCACGCAACAACCAGACUGGGUGCAGGGAUGUCUGUGAACGACCCUCCAUGCCAGGACACCUCAGCCAGACCAGAAAAACUUUACAACAUAAUGGCAUGCAGAGAGAUUCCCCCUCUUACUUCAUUCCCUCUGAAACAGACACAUACUGUCUAUAGAAAAUGACUCCUUUCAUUAAUUCAUAGACAAACCUUUCUAUGAAUGAACAUGCAUAUCCCCAGGUCACUCUGUGUAUUAUUACUGUUCUUGUAUAUUGUCUUUUGUAUUGUAUACUGUUUUAUGCAUGCUUAUGAUAGAACCACUGGUUCAUGUAACCUCACCUAUACCAUGUUUGGUCUCUACAAAUUAGUUUUUUUUUGUUUGUUUGUUUUUUUUCCCUAAGAUUUAUUUUUGGCGUUUUUAACCUUCAUAAUGACAGGACAGUUGACAAUGCACUGAUUAAAUUAACAGCUGGAGAUGCCAAAAUGUUCUUUAGUUAAAGGGGUCAUAUGAUGCUAUUUUAAAGAUCGUUAUUUGGUGUAACAGAACGCAUUACGCGCAAAACUCUGCAUUUGAACAAUCAAUAGCAAAUGAUUAACCUAAUAACAAAACAUACUUGCAGUCGCUAAUUCAGAAGUGCCAGAUUGUCAUAGCAAAGUAGGAAUUUACCCUUUUUUUUUUUCUUUUCACAGCCAGCCUUGUACUCUCUUAGGUUCAUGAAACUGUUGUCCAUAAAAUGCAUUGCACAAAUUCGAACAUUUGGGUUGUGCUGUUCUGUUGUAAACAAAUCUUAAUCAAUGAUUUCUAAUUGCAUCUACUUUCGGGAGGCCAAAUAAAGUGCUUUUGCUUUCGCAUAGAAACACACAGCGUCUCCCUGACACAGCUGCAUCAACACUACUGCAGUUACUGAAACUACGCCUUCUUCCUUUGCGUGAACAUUUGGGUGGCAUUAUGCAAGUAUUUCCACAUCAUGAUAUAGACAUGUGGGGGCGUGUUUUAAUGAGGCGUUUUAGCCCGGUCUGGAUCAGCCUUCUCUUUUAGAUAGAAUAAAUCAUUUUGUGGGAGACUUUGAGCUUUGUAACUCUGCAGAUCUUAUACAUGCACAAACAGCUACAUACCACACUAAAGAAAAGGAAAACAAGAAAUCACAUCAUAAGACCCCACAAAGAGAAAACUGAAGUCAUUGCAUUUGGAAACAAUGAUGAAGUUUUCAAGGUGAAUACAUACCUUGAGUCUUGGGGUCAAAAAAAAAAAAGAAAAAAAGGUCAAGAUUCUUGGUGUGAUUCUGGAGUUAGGCCUUAGUUUCAGUAGUCAUCUCAAAGCAAUAACUAAACAGCUGCAACUCAUCCAGAAUGUUAGAAAAUAUAAGCAUAUCACACCAGUCCUCAUGUUUUAAAGUAUUAUUACUCGUUUAUAUAUCACGCAAUGGCCUAGGACAUCAAUACAUUGCAGAUAUGCUCACUGAAUAUAAACCUAACAGACCACUCAGAUCAUUAGGAUAGAGUCGGUUAGAAAUACCAAGGGUUCACACAAAACAAGGGGCGUCCCCUUUUAGCUAUU